UCCUGCUGAGCGCCUGCAAAAAAAGGAGCUUUUACACUUCUGUUCAGCUGCGUUCGCCCUAAAUAUUCUAUUCAUCCGAACGUCAUUUCUUCCUUUUUUUUUUUUCUCUUUUUUUCCGUAUUGCGCUCUGGAAUCAAAAAAAGCAUUAAAUCGCUUUACACGGCGGCAGCAUCAUCAUCAUCAUCAUCAUCGCUGAAAGGUUCAGCAAUGGUGGAUACAUCUUUGAGUACUGGGCCCGACUUGAAAGGUUUUCACUAGAAAUGAUUUUUCUAAGCAGUCAGUCCGAAGCUGACUGAAUAAAUAUGGGAUGUGCUUCAGCUAAGCAUGUAUCUACAGUGCAAAACGAUGAAGAUACCCAAAACGGCAAGAGCUACCAAAAUGGCGAUGCCUUCUGUGAUGAAUACAGGAUCAAACCUGUGGAAGAAGUCAAGUAUAUGAAAAAUGGCGAAGAGGAAGAGCAGAAGAUUGUGCAAAAGAACCAAGAGAAUUUGGAGAAAAGUGCUGCUCAUAACGUUCGACCUAAAAACAACACUGAAGCUCCAGGACCAGGGCAAAAUCCUCGAAUAAAUAUACACAUCUCCGAAAGUCAGCAGGAGUUUUUCAGAAUGCUGGAUGAAAAAAUUGAAAAGGGUCGCGAUUAUUGCUCAGAAGAGGAGGACAUCACAUGAGUGUCAUCUCCCGUACAAAGUGUGUAAAUAUCUUUUAUGACGUACAACCCACUGGAUCUUUUCUACGAAACAACCUAUGACCAGGAGAUCUGAAAUCACAUGGCAGCAAAAUGCAAUGUUUCAACGUGAACUCAACUGAUCUAAAGUUCUUUCGAUGAAGGCUACAAUACUGUAUCUAGCAAAACGCUUCUAAUUCUCUUUAAACAUGGCUGCUUGACAUCCGAAAAUAAGCUGACCUACUGUAGCAGGAGAUUUUUAUGCUUCCAGAUUGGUAUUUAGAUACUUUUAGCCCAGCAAACAAUAGGAGGGGCGCUGCACUGCUUGAGAGAGAUGACAGGGGGCAGAACUGAUGUUGUUCUUUGUCGGGUAAGUUCGGGGGAUACCUGCCUAUUCUGUCUUCUCCCAUUACACUUUGGUGACCUUUCAGUCUGCAGUUCGUUGCACAUAUUAGUGUCCAUGUCCAUUUGAAUAUUUUUCCCAUUUUUAUAUAUAUAUUUUUAUUUUACUAAAAUAAACAUUUGUGUUUUAUGUUUGUUGUGCAUUUUCAUUCUCUUUGUGUAUGGAAAGACUUGUCCGUGAAUGUUACAAACUUAGAAAUGACUGCAGUUUUGGUAAAUCCUGGCUCACCUCGAUAUCAACUCUUCAACAAGCCCAGGACGUGACGUGUUAAAGCUAGAGUUCCUUACUUGUUGAAGACGAGGCAACACUAAAAUAAAAUAAAAAUUAAAGUAAUAUUGUAAGAUACCAAAUUACCAUAAAGUGUUCCAUGUGGUCAUUUAUUUUUAUAACAAUCCCUUCCGCCGUCCUCCCAAUAAUUGUACAUUUGCAUUGAAAAUUAUAGCUUUAGGAAUCAAUCACCAGUAUUUGUCGGCCUCCAGAAUCCACCGGUGUCACAUCGGAGGCUGCUAUAUCUGCAUGUAAACCUGUAAAGGGUUAUUUCAUAGUCAUCGUAUCCGCUAUUGCAUUAUGAAAUCAUGUGAAAAGUUACAAGUGUCCGUUACAUUAUUAUCCUCAAGAAUUGGGUCCGUCCUGUUCAAAAAUAUUAAAUAAAACAAGAUUAUGGUAAUAAAAAAACGGCACUUAAAACCUCCCUACCAACUGAUGCCAAAUACUCCUGUAUAUAAAUGGGGCUAGUCAGCCUUAUAUUAUUGAUGGCUAAUUUGCUAGGGAUGCCUGAGGAUGGGCUGUGUGAAGGGGCUGUGGCACUGAUAUGACCAGUGGCACCUCCUUAAAGGGGUACUCCGAUGGAAAACUUUUUUUUUUAAUCAACUGGUGCCAGAAAGUUAAACAGAUUUGUAAAUGACUUC